AAUGUACAAAAUAAAGAUGAAUACUGCUUCAAGUGGGCUAUAAUAUCUGCAAUAUGUGAAUUACCGCACCAUUCAGAAAGAUGUCAAUCUUAUAAUAUAAAUAAUAAAAUUAAAGAUGAAAUGAUAACGCUAGAAAACGGAAAGAUUUUAAAUUUUAAAGGUUUAAAGUUUCCAUUAGCCGUUAGUAUGAUAAAGAUAUUUGAAGAAAAUAACCCCGAGAUCAGUGUCAAUGUUUUUGGAUUGGAAGGGGAUCAUGUAGUAGGACCAUUCUACUUUACACAAAAUGAAAAGAAUAUUCACAUUAAUUUGUUGUUAUUGGAGAAAGAUGAACGGUUUCAUUAUGUUUGGAUUAAAAGUAUAUCAAGAUUGGUGAAAAGUCAGCUAACAAAACACUGCAGAAAAGUAUAUAUAUGUAAUACAUGUCUUAUCCACUUUCACAAUGAGGCGGUCUUAGUAAAACAUAAAGAGGAAUGCAACAAAAUGGUUACUAGAAUGCCAGAUCCAGGUGAUAACAUUCUCAAUUUCAAAAAUUUUAAGAAGCAAAUGGAUGUACCAUUUGUCGUGUAUGCUGACUUUGAAUGUAUUUUAGAAUCAACAAAUGUUCAGAAUUCUAGUAAUGUAAAAUCUGUACAAAAGCAUAUUCCAUAUGCAUAUAGUUACUUUAUAAAGUGUUCAUUUGACUCUAAAUUAGACAAGUUUAGAAUAUACAGUGGUGAGAAUUCUCCAAAGCAUUUUUUCAAAAGUUUAGUAGAAGAUACUUUAUAUAUUUAUAAUAAUUAUUUAAGAAUAGUUAAACCAAUGAAUUCUUUAACACCACUCCAAAAACAGAUUCAAAAUGAAGAUCCAACAUGUCACAUUUGCAAGAAAUUUUUAGAUCAUAAUAGAGUGGCGGAUCAUUGUCAUUUAACUGGUGAAUAUAGAGGACCUGCUCACAAUAAUUGCAAUUUAGAAUAUCAAAUUGCCAAUUUCAUCCCUAUUUUUUUCCACAAUCUUUCGGCAUACGAUUGUCAUUUGUUUGUUAGAGAACUUUCAUCUAUUGAAGGUGAUAUAAAUAUAAUUCCUUUAAAUAAGGAAUUAUAU